UCAACUUGUAUUUUUCGGAUCGUCUCUAAGAUGAACCAGGUUUGGGUAUUCUUCAAGCUUAUUGAAGUGGUGCUGGGCAGUGUGUGUAUGUUUUACCACAUGAGGGGAUCUACGUACUGGCCCGAGCGUACUCCGCACGUGAUCCUGUACUGCGCAACAUUUUCGUCGUUCACUAUGCUCGCCGCACUGGGAGCAUUUCGGCUGAUGCUAGCUCGGAGCUCAGUGCUCUCCUCGCAGCUGCUGCUCACUGUGACCGCUGUGAUUGCGCACUACUUUUGCGGAGUGCUGAUAAUGCGCACCGCCAUGCAAGACCCUCACCUGGCUUCCAUCAAUUCUACCGUAGAGUACCUGGAGCACCCACACUUCGCGCACUGCAAACAGCAGAGUAUCGCUGCUCUGAUUACAGGAACUAUGUACCUGAUGCACAUGUUCCAUGUGUUCGAUCUACUGAUGCGCAUGGAACCAGGGGACUGGAGAAAUCAAGCAACUGGACGCAUGUUUUUCGACCGCAUUGAAGCUGGAACUUCCGGGCUCUUCGUGCUUUCCAAGCCAGUUGACGACUUUCUUUGCAGAUUCUGCAGGUGCUACUUUAAGCUGGCAAACUCCCAGCCCCUAUACUUCCGACCAAAUGCGGAUGAGGAGCAGCCACACUUGGUGUCUCGCGCUUGGCAGAUGCUGAGGGAGAUGCAAAGGAAGUUCUUUUCGCUGCAACAAAUCGAAAGCGACGAAAGUUUUCUGUCUACGCCGACUAUAACAACCAGUGAAUCAGAUAUCCCAGCGGCGGUCACCGAGUACGGCGCCUCCCUAGAGGAGGAGUUCGGUAAGCGACGUCGACCCAUCUCAACCUGGCGUGGCACGAGCGAUUCCUCCAGUCUGUGGGCCAAAAUCGAGGACAGAAGCACGUUUAGUAUCGAUUCGACCAAGUCAAGUCAGAGCAGCGAAGUAACAAUAAAACCAAAUCAGAUGGACCGCAGGCUGAGUAGGCUGAGCAGGCGAUCCACGCUUUUGUCAGAAAUCGACAAGAAAGAGAAGUCAGAGAUCCUCCUGGUCGAACAAGGUUCGAGCUAUUCUCGCCUCAGAUCUUUAGGUAAUGCUGAAUUGCUUAAUGAGCCAAAAGACGCAGCAGAAAAAUUAAAAAAACUUAAAGACCCACUCGCCGAAACUAAUGCAGAUGAUAAGGAUACACCCAUUGAAUCUUCUAAUCAUGGAACUUUAGGAACUGCGGAAAGAACGGAUGAAAUAUCUCAGAGGAGUUCUGGACCACCAAAGGCAUAGCCUUUUGACCUUAGAAACUAGUUUUCGCAGGUCCGUAUGUAAAUAAAAGGAAAUUUGGGAACUAAUUACAACUUAUCUACAAAGAAGCUAAGUCGA